AUGAACCGGCAGUCCUAUAGUAUCAGGGCUGGAGGAGGCAGUGGCGGUGGCAGCAGGGCCUUCACUACCACCUCUGCCAUUGUCCCAAGUAGCAAUAGAUCUGGUUUCAGCUCACUUUCUCUUGCCAGAGCUGGCGGAAUUGGCAUUGGUGGUGGAGGCGGAGGCAGCAGUUUUGGAAGGAUCAGUAUUGGUGGUGGCGGCGGUAGUGGCGGUGGCUUUGGCAGCAGGAGUCUUUAUAAUUUUGGUGGCACUAGGAGAAUUUCCAGCAGCAGAGCAAGCAACCUCCGCAGUGGAUUUGGUGGCGGUGGCGGUGGCAGCGGAUUGGGUUUUGGUGGAGGAUCUGGUAGUGGAUAUGGCUUUGGCGGGGGAGCUGGAGGUGGUGGUUUUGGUUUGGGUGGUGGUGGAGGAGGAGGAGGAGGAUUUGGUUUUGGUGGUGGAUUUGGUGGAUCCAAAAGUUCCUUGGGCUUUGGUGGCGGUGGACCUGGCGCUGGUGGCACCAUCCAAGAAGUAACCAUUAACCAAAGUCUCCUGGCACCGCUCAAUUUGGAAAUUGAUCCUUCUCUCCAAGAGGUGCGGAAAGAGGAGAAGGAGCAGAUCAAGACUCUGAACAACAAGUUUGCUUCUUUCAUUGACAAGGUCCGUUUUCUGGAGCAACAGAACAAGGUUCUGGAGACCAAGUGGACCCUCUUGCAGGAUCAAGGCUUGAAAUCCGGUGCCAACAAGAGCAACCUUGAUCCAUUCUUUGAGGCUUACAUUAAUAACCUAAGGAAACAGCUGGGCAGCCUGAUGAAUGAGAGGGGGCGGCUGGAUGGGGAGCUGAAGAGCAUGCAGGAUCUUGUUGAAGACUUCAAAACCAAAUACGAAGAGGAAAUCAACCGGCGCACAUCUGCCGAAAAUGAGUUUGUCAUGCUCAAGAAGGAUGUGGAUGCUGCCUACAUGAACAAGGUGGAGCUGGAGGCCAAGGUGGAUUCCCUGACCGAUGAGCUCAACUUCCUGAGGGCACUCUAUGAAGCGGAGCUAGGUCAGUUGCAGGCCUCCAUGUCUGAUACUGCUGUCAUCCUUUCAAUGGAUAACAAUCGAGACUUGGACCUGAAUGGCAUUGUUUCUGAGGUGAAAGCACAAUAUGAAGACAUUGCCAACCGGAGCCGAGCUGAAGCAGAGGCAUGGUACCAAACUAAGUUUGAGGAGCUCCAAGCUAGUGCAGGGAAGCAUGGCGAUGAUCUGCGUAAUACUAAAGGUGAAAUUUCAGAGCUCAACCGGAUGAUUCAAAGGAUACGGUCAGAAAUUGAAAACGCCAGGAACCAGUGUGCAAAUCUGCAGACAGCUAUUGCGGAUUCUGAGGAGCGAGGUGAAUUAGCUCUCAAAGAUGCCAGAGCCAAACUCAUUGACUUGGAAGAUGCUCUACAGAAAGCUAAGGAAGAAAUGACCCGCCUACUGCGGGAGUACCAGGAGCUCAUGAAUGUCAAACUGGCACUGGAUAUUGAAAUUGCCACCUACAGGAAGCUGCUGGAAGGGGAGGAGAAUAGGCUAACUGGAGAAGGAGUCAAUCCCGUAAGCUUCUCUGUUGUCAGUUCCAGUGCAGGUGGUGGAGGAGGAGGAGGUGGCGGCCUUGGAGGAGGAUUUGGCGGGGGAUUUGGUGGUCUGGGCUUUGGGGGAGGUGGCAUGGGAAGUGGACUUGGCUUUGGUGGAGGAGGAGGUGGAGGCAUUGGCGGCGGCGGUGGUGGUGGUGGAAGAUCGGGGUUCAGCUCCUAUUCUGUUGCUCGGGUUGGAGGAGCAAGAGCUGGAGGAGGUGGCGGCGGCGGCCUUGGAGUCGGUGGAUUUGGCAGCCGAAGUCUGUACAACCUGGGUGGAAGCAAGCGCAUCUCUUACGGUGCCGGCAUGGGGGGCUUCCAACCUGGUUUCGUUAGUGGCGCUGGUGGGGGAGCUGGGUUUGGUUAUGGUGUUGGUGGCGGUGGCGGCUUUGGUUUUGGCGGGCCUGGGAUGGGAGGUGCCGGUGGUUUUAUGGUAGGUUCUCCAGGGUUUGGUGGAAGAGGUGGCCCAGGGUUUCCAGUUUGCCCACCUGGUGGCAUCCAAGAGGUGACCGUCAACCAGCACCUCCUACAACCCCUCAACCUUGAGAUUGACCCAGAGAUCCAAAGAGUCCGCACACAUGAGAGGGAACAGAUCAAGACACUCAACAACAAGUUUGCCUCCUUUAUUGACAAGGUCCGAUUCCUGGAACAGCAAAAUAAAGUCCUUGAAACCAAAUGGGACCUCUUACAGCAGCAGGGGACAACUGUUCGACAAACAAGAAUUGAACCCAUGUUUGAGAGUUAUAUCAACAACCUCAGGAGGCAGCUUGAUUCUAUUUUGAAUGAACGGGGAAGACUGGACUCAGAGCUGAGGAACAUGCAAGACAUGGUGGAAGACUUCAAGAACAAAUAUGAAGAUGAAAUCAACAAGCGUACCGGUGCAGAGAAUGAAUUCGUGGUGCUGAAGAAGGAUGUUGAUGGUGCCUAUAUGAACAAGAUUGAGCUCGGUAGCAAAGCAGAUUCUCUGAAUGACGAAAUUCUGUUCCUGAAAAACCUGUUUGAGAUGGAACUAGCUAAUAUGCAGCAGCAGGUAUCAGAUACCUCUGUUGUGCUGUCAAUGGACAACAACAGAAGCCUGGACUUGAACAGCAUCAUUGCUGAAGUCAAGGCGCAGUAUGAAGACAUUGCCAACAGGAGCCGAACCGAGGCUGAAAGCUGGUAUCAAAGCAAGUAUGAAGAGCUACAGGUCUCUGCCGGACGCCACGGUGAUGACCUUCGCAACACCAAGCAAGAAAUUUCUGAGCUUAACCGGAUGAUCCAGAGGCUGCGAAGUGAAAUUGAUGCCUUGAAGAAACAGUGUGCCAAUCUACAGGCUGCCAUUGCUGAAGCUGAGGACCGUGGGGAGCUCGCCCUCAAGGAUGCCAGGCAUAAACUGAAUGAGUUGGAGGAAUGCCUGCAAAGAACGAAGCAGGACCUGGCUCGGCAGCUCAAGGAGUACCAGGAGCUGAUGAAUGUCAAACUGGCCCUGGACAUUGAAAUCGCCACCUACAGGAAGCUGCUAGAAGGAGAGGAAAUCAGGUUGUCUGAAGGCCCUGGAAAUGUGAGCUACUCUGUGGUCAGCAGCACCACAACCUCUGGCUACGGCGGCGGAAGUGGCCUUGCGUUAGGAGGAGGACACGGUGGCGGCAUGGGAGGAGGCUUUGGACUCGGAGGAGGUGGUGGCUAUGCAGUUGGAGGUGGUGGAAGCGGCUUCGGCGGUGGCAGCGGGUUCGGCGGCGGCAGUGGCUUCGGCGGCGGCAGCGGGUUCGGCGGCGGAGCCAGUAUGGGUAGCAGCUACAGUUCUGGCGGGGGCCGUGUCUCCUCAAGUGCAGGAGGAGGAAGCUCCAGUGUGAAAAUUGUAUCAAAAACCACUUCGAGCAAGAAAAGUGUCUAUUAAAAGUGUUAACUCACCACAACCACCACCACUUCUGAAAUGGCAAUGAGCGUUGCCACCUGCAAAUCGAAGCUCUUCAGCCCACUGUGUAAAUAGCUCAGCAAAGCUCUUCCCCUCUGAUACUGUCACAUUUUCCAUUUGAGUUUGCCUGCAAUGUGGAUCCAGACAUUUGCACCCUGAUCCAGCACUGCUGACUCAGAUCGCAGAUUUUUGCACCUGGAUUAGCUGCAGCCAGUGGGCAGUGAGCUCCUGUGCUGACAAAUCAAGUGAGCCAUCCGUAGAGCUCUUUAAACAAACAUCUCAAAAUUCUCUACUAAGCAACAGGGUCUCACUGUUCAGUGAUUGCAUGAUUUCUCCUAGGUGUGUGUAAAAAAAGGGAAUACCAUUUUAGAAAAGUUCGUGCAGUAGAUGGUUAACCUUAAAUACAUCCUUAGGUCCCUUGAAUGGCAAUCGGAUUUAAGCUUGUACUUAAAGUUAAGUUCUUGGUUGAAUUAACAGCUUUCAGUGCUAUGCUUAAUAGACAGCUAACAUCAAAGCUUAUGGGAACUUCCAGGUAGAUAGGCAGCACGAAUCAGCCUGCACACACUGUUUGGGCAUGUUCUUUGUAAUUUCUUUGGGCAUGUUCUUUGUAAUUUUCUCCUGUUUGGGCAUGUUCUUUGUAAUUUCAAAUGGAGACAGUGGAAAGCCGUAGACCCGUAAAGUCAUCAGAUCUUGCCAAAAGGAAAUAGUUUUGAGACACCAGUGAUAAGAUCUUGUUCUCACCCUGUGUUGUAACAUGCACGGAGCUUAUUUUUUAACAGCAAAAUCGUAUUUGGUGCCUUCUUUGAAGUGAAAUCAAAAUUGGAAAACGUGAUUGCUUAUUCUGCUGCUGCUGUUUUAUGAACUGUAACACUGAAUUCUAAUGCUUGAUUCUAAUGGCUAUGGACCCAUGCAUGGCUGCAUGACAAAUAAAGAGCAACUGUCAUUUUUAA